CACCGAACUUGCCUAACGAAUAGCGGGAGCCGGGAAGUUAUACUUUCGCCCUCCGCCAUUGUCGCCGUUACCAAGCAAAUUGUGGUCUUCUCCUUCCCGCUUCGCCAGCGAGCACUGCAAGCAAAAGACCCUCGAGCGAGGAAAUCGCACUCAGAAAAACAAGCAAACAUGGCAAAAUUAGAGAUCCUCCUAACGCAAAAGAAAAAACUCCCUCUCUUCUGUCGCGGCGCGGGUUUCCCUUUCCGUUCGUUCUUUCCUCCACAUUCUCUGUGCACCGGCGAGAGGUAACUUCGAGAUUUCGACACGCCAGCAGGGCUGGAGAUAAAAGAUGAGCGUGAUCGACAUUAUCUUCCGAGUCGAUGAGAUCUGCAAGAGGUAUGACAAGUACGACAUCGAGAAGCAGCGGGAGCUCAAUGCCUACGGCGACGAUGUCUUCGCCCGCCUCUACGCCACCGUCGAGGCUGAUAUCGACGCCGCAAUGGGCAAAGCGGACAGGGCAGCAAAGGAGAGCAAAAGGGCUGUUACAGCUGCUCUGAAUGCAGAGAAUCGCAAGACCAAGGCCCGGUUGAUGGAUGAAGUCACCAAGCUCCAGAAGUUGGCUCGCAAGAAGGUGAAAGGGCUGUCCAAGGAAGAGCAGGCGAUUCGUGCUGAUCUAGUUCUCGCGCUGCCGGAGAGGAUCCAGGCCAUACCAGAUGGAACCACGACGGGGGCAGACCAGGGUGGAGGAUGGGGUGGUUCUGCAUCUCAUAAGAACAUCACUUUCGAUACUUCAGAAGAAAAUCUCAAUGAUGACUUCUUCCAACAGUCCGAGGAAUCUAGCCAGUUCAGACAAGAGCAUGAAAGGCGAAAACUGAAACAGGAUGAAGGUCUUGAUGUUAUAUCGGAUGGACUGGACACGCUAAAAAAUCUUGCACAUGAUAUGGGCGAGGAAUUGGACAGACAAGUUCCCUUAAUGGACGAGAUUGACACAAAGGUAGACAGAGCAAAUUCUGAGCUGAGGAAUACGAAUGUGAGGCUGAAGCAAACUAUAACUUCGCUGAGAUCAAGUCGCAACUUCUGCAUCGAUAUUAUUCUGCUUUGCGUAAUCCUGGGGAUCGCUUCUUACAUAUACAAUAUAUUGCAGGGCUGAAUCGCUUCUGGAGACUCUUGUAACACGAGCACCAGUUUGGAUCAAGCCCUUGGAUUAUUUAAACUCUAUAUAUAAAGCCUUCAUCAAUUACAAGCUCUCGAUCGGGCAAACUCAAAUGGUUUCCAUAGUUCACUGCUACUGGUAAUAUUUUUAUUGUACUGUUCCAUCGAUCCGCUAUCUGUCCCAACCGUUUCAAUGGAGUCUAUUAUUCUUCAUCAGUUCGCGUCAAAUGGACGAAUGAAGCAAGCAAGAGUGUAACGGCAAGAUAUGAUGUUUGCUUUUACUGUAUAUCAUCACGAUAGAAACGUGUAUGGUGUUCACAUAUAGUACUUAUGCAACUCUUGAUCACAGAAAGAGCUAGUAACUUGAUCGUUGCAGCGCGACACAGAAGCACAAUUAGCUAUAGCUGUAUUGGAUCGUAUUGUGUACGGUACGAUUAUAUCAAAAUUCGGUUUUGGGUUGGGAACAAAUAAAUAGAAUGCCAUAUUUCUUGAGUUGAUCGAUCGAUUACUCCCCCCCUGGUUUCUCCAUGAACCUUGUGGAUAUGCGUUCCAUCCCCUCUGUCUGUACACACAUUGUCUUGCAGCUGCAAGAUUCACUCCAGAUCAUACUUACCAGAGAAGCCGAAUUCGUUCAGCUCCAGGAACCCGAUCAUGGGGUCCAUCGCGUCCUCGCUGUAGAAUCCACCACUGCCAUCUUCCUGAUCAUGAGACUGCUGGUUUCCAUCGUUGUUGUUGUUCGACUUCUUGAGCGCUGGCGAGGAAAGGAAGUCGUUGAUCAACGUCUCCCCAUCGUCGCUAAGCUUCCUCUUCAUCCCGGGGCUGGUGGUGUAGUUGUCGUAGGAAGAGACUACUGUUAUCGGAGAGCUUGCCCCGAUGAAGUCAGUGGUGUUGUUGUUGUUGUUGUUACUGGUGGGAUUGGUACUACGAGCGUUAUUAUUCGCAGUUGUAGCGUCGAUGGAGGGCAAGGUCUGGCCGACGAGGAGGGAGGCCAGGACGCGGCAGUCCUGGUUGAGACAGUCUCGAAUCAUGUCGUUGUCGCAGUUCAUGUAAGACGGCGGAGGAGAAGGGCGCGGGUUGAGGUCCUGUUCCGACGACGACGACAUUGGCAGGAACCGGACUGUUUCCUUCACAGGGCUGCCUCCGGCGAGUUGGAGGUCGAAUGGGUUCUUGGUAAUGGCACCCUUCUGUCGAACUCGACACAGCACCCAGUCGUCCAGCACUAUUGGAAAAUUGCUAAAUCGGAUAAAGAUGCUAGAUGGUGUGUUCUAAUGCAUAUGAAAGGAAGGAAGGUUGGUAGGCAGGCAGGCAGGUAAGGCACAUAUCAUGCAAAGCCUAGAGAUAAUUAAACAAGGCGUUCACAAGGGGAAUGUAAAACAUAUUAUGA